UAGUCUGGCAACCACUUCCCUGCAAUGGCCGCAAAGAGGAAGCAUGCGGCGAUCUCUGAUGAAGAUGAUUUACCGAAAACCGCUGUUCCUGCACACAUUAAAAGCCAGGAAAAAAGGCUGAUCAUUAUUUUGGAGAAGGCUAAUUUAGAAACCGUCAAGGUUGGAAAGAAUUUUGAACUGCUCAACUGCGACGACCACAUUCAAAUAAUGAGGAAACAUAAGAAGGACCCAGCCUUUUGCAGGCCUGACAUAACGCACCAGUGCCUUCUAAUGCUGUUCGACAGCCCACUGAACAGGGCUGGGCUCUUACAAGUUUACAUCCACACAGAAAAGAAUGCGCUUAUCGAAAUAAACCCACAGACGAGGAUACCUAGGACAUUUAAAAGGUUCUCCGGGCUCAUGGUUCAACUCUUACACAAGAUGUGCAUCAGGGCUGGAUCGGGGUCAGUAAAACUAAUGAAGGUCAUCAAGAACCCGGUGACUGACUGGUUGCCAGUAGGGUGCCGGAAACUCGGGACCUCCUUCCACUGCAGCAAGCUCGUUCACCCCAGGGAACUAGUGCCGAAAGCAGAGGAGCCAGUUGCUAUCGUCAUUGGUGCUAUGGCACACGGAGCGGUCGAGGUCGAUUACACCGAAGAAUCGUUCUCGAUCAGCGAAUAUCCACUCUCGGCAGCCCUGACCUGCUCAAAGAUUUGUUCGUCAUUCGAAGAGGCCUGGGGGAUCCACUGAGCCGCUCGUGCUGCCCCGUACCGUCGAGUCACUUCAUAUGUUAUAUAUCACAUCAUGCUGAUCAGGAUAUUAAAACAUGCGUUGAGUGAGU